AUGCUUUAUCAUUUAUGGUUGAAAAAACCAUCAAAUUUUAAUUUUAAUGUUGGAGAAUAUAUUGAUAUUUAUUUACCAAAUAUUGCUGAACAAGAAUCAUAUUUAACUGUUACAACACCAUCAACAACUAAUUCACAAUCAAGAUAUCUUGAUAUUCAUCUUUAUUAUACAUCAAUACGUAAUAAUGAACAAACUAUGUUAGAAAAUCUUUCUUAUCAUCUUGUUGUUAAUAUGUAUGAAGAUAUGUAUACACAAUUAAGAACACCAACACAUGUUAGACGACCACCAUGGAAAUUAUUAUCCGCAAAAUUUAAAGUUAAAUAUCGAUCAACAAAUGUAUUUUUUUUUGGUAAUAGGCUUAUGACAGAUGAAAUUAAGAAACAUUGUAAUAAACAUACUUUUCGAUUUUAA